UCCAUGGGCCUGGGCCGUGGACAUGCGGCACAAAUUAAAGCCAGUCGUUGUGCUUUGGGGGCGGCCCGGCCCACUGUCCAGACAACGGGGCAUCUCCUCCACCUCCACUCGGCCUCCUUCCACUCUGGUUGACCACCAUGCCAUCUGCUGAUGACGACCUCCCCGACCCAGCCCUCGACCAUUCGCCCAUCGGUGGUGGUGGCAAGACUUUCCUGAAACCGUUCGUCAAAGGCGUCGCUAGUGCUGGUAGGAGCGUCGGCGCUGGGAUCUACCAUGCUGGAAAGGUUGUCGAUGCAAUCACCGAUCUCACCGAACGCAUCUCGUUGCCUCGGAACAACAAUGGCUCGCCUAAUUUAUCUUCUCCAUCGCAUGCCGAAUUCGGACCACCACUAGACACCUCAGAGGUUGCCCGGGUCCCCGAGGACCGCCGCGAGAAACCCAAACGAUUCAAAGCAUUCAAGAAAGCAGGAAGUUCUGGUCCUGGAAAUUCGAGCGAUGCCGGUAGUGAGGGAUACGUUUCUCAGGCUGGUAUUUCGAGGCUCAAUUCGCUUGAGCUUUCUCGAGACGAGUUUCCACAUCUAGAUAAACACAUGAGUCGGAUGCGGUACAGUCGAGCACACACAGACCAUAUCGGACUCCAGAAAUGCGACGACGAAGAGCUAGAGACCUCGAUGGUGAUUAACUCUGACGACGAGCUCAAUGGCCCGACUGAUCGAGCCACCGCCGUCUAUAACUAUGAGGCCGUCUUCCCCAAGACCCGGGCCCAGUCUGUCUGCAAGAUGACCUUUGCCAAGCGCCGCCAUACUAUUCAGAUCCCUCAAGAUUACAACCAUGUUCCCGUCAGGCACUCCGUAAGGAAGCAGAACUUGGAGGUUCAGUUGGUUUGGAAGUAUCGUCAGCUAAAAAAGAUGGAACAAGAGCAGAGAUCGGUGCUUGAGGCUUUCGAGAUCUUAGAAAGACAGUACGAUUCGACUGCAAAAGAAGCCGAGAUCAAGUCCCGAGAGGUCAAGGACCGAUUAGAAGGAUAUGUCGAACAGAACAAGUUGGCGACUGAGUUGCUUUCGUUCUUGCCCUCAGACCCGCUUCUGCCUAGUCACUCUACAACGGUUCCGCUCACUGGGCCCGAACACCGCCCGUUGCACUCGUCUGGCGAUCCAUUCCAUCAGCACAGCCAUCAGCAACGCCAACUAUCAGUCUCGGCCCGGGCGUUCAGCUGGGAUAAGGUCGACCCCCAGACCUGGGAAUUGUUUAAACAGCUGACCAGCUCCGGCGAAGUCUUGCGCCAACGCCGGCAUGAGGUUUCGAACAAACGUCGGACGAUGGAACACCAUGCAAAUGAGUUAAUCAAGCAAGCUGGCCUCCAUCGUCCUGCCCCUCGUAGGGACCAUCCUUCACGUCGUCGACUAGCUCAAGAUUCCGCAACUGAGCAGCCAGAGCAGCUGAGCCCGGUCCUCAAGAAAGAGAAGCGGGGGUCGAAGUCCAGCACAACUGAAGGCGAAGAUGCCGAGGAAGAUGAAGGAAGGGGGGCGGGGUCGACGGACGCAAAACUAGUGAUUGCAAUGGUCGAGGCCGUGGUCUCGACGAUCGAGCGGGACCCGAGUCUCCAGGUAGCCGAGUUCAUUGAGACCGUCCUCCUUGCCAGCCUCGCCCGACUGCUCAACGCACUCGUCGCUUCCUUCGGCUCCCUCCUUCGUAAUCUCCUUCGCUCCCUCCUCGUCUUCUUUGUCCGUCAGAUCCAUCGCAUCGCUCGUUGCCUCGAUCUUGAUGAUCAUCAACUCGGCCUCCGUCAUCCUCAUCCUCCUCAUCCUCCUUCCGCACAUAUUCCUCCUCAUUCGCCUCUUCCUUCCUCGUCUUCCUCCUCGUCGUCGUCGUCUUCGUCUUCUGGUCGUGAUGGUUUAAUAAGGCCCGAAAGUCAUCACCCUUCGUAGUCCUUCUUUUACCACUCAUUUGUAUUGGGUCGGAAAAUCGGCUUCCUGGGAAAGUUUAACGCACUCGCCUCGUCUUUUCUCGUCGGAUUAAAUCAUCCAGUCGUCGAUCAAAAUAUCCGCUUCCUUCGCCCUUGUUUUUGUUGUUGUUGUUAACAUUCUGAGAUUUUGUUUAUUACCAUAUCCUAGCUCUUAAUUUGAUGUAUGAUUAUGUACUCCACGAAAAACUUAUCGUUACUUUUGUUUGGUCAUCUAUUGGCGUACUGAAGCUGAUCUGCUUUCUCUUCUCUUAAUGCAAACCAAUAAUCAGUCUCCCUCACUUUUUUUGUCCUAGCUUUCGGUUUUCAGAUGGCACAUGGUGUGGAAAUAGUGUGGACUGGCUUUAUUAAGUUAAUCAGGUUUAUAAAUAACCUGUUGUAGAAUCUGGAAUGAACAAAAAAAAAUCAACAACAAAAUGAUUGGAUGUUGAGGAACAUGUACAUGUAUCUAUGUAUGUAUGAUUCCA